UUUACACUAUGUAUGAUGAUGCGGAAGCGUCAUUGGUGAGAGAUAACAACCGCCAAUGGACGCUAAGCAAUCGCGUCGAGGCUGAGGGCCUCGAGUGGCUCUAUGCAGAUCCUUCUGCUAAUAAGAGCAAUGCUAACCAGUUGGAGGAAUAUCUAUUGGGUAAGAGCAUAGAAGGUGCGCGUGGAGAAAUUGGACGUGAGCAUGUUGACCAGACAGCUUGCGGAUCGCUUCUUUCCGAUGCUGCUGCUGUCGGCCCAGUUGAUCAGACAUUGAGUAAAUUUCGUGAAGAUCCAUUAUUCGUCAUAAAGAAGGUUGAACUACACCAAAAACAGGUUCUUAAGAAAUAUGAAAGUCUUGUUCGUGCUAAGACUGCGUUAGCAGAUGUCGUUUCUGAGCACAGUAAUAUAGGCGAAAAAAGUUGUGGCAACAGGAAGAGCCGUUCAACAAGGGGACACAGAGCAUCGAAUACGCUGGAAAGUCGUAGAGUUGAACAUGAUCGAUACCGGAGUUACAUAGAUGAUGAGCAUUCUAGUAGGAAGCGCUCAUCAAAUUAUCGCAAUAAAGAGGAGCGCAGUUCGACGCGCUACAGAUCUCGUUCCAGGGAUAGUUGUGUAAGUGUGGAGUCCUAUUACACGGAAUACAAGGACCGCAGUGGUCACCAUCGUCGAAAUAACAGGCUCCACAGAGAAAGAAGGAGUCAUGAUCGUGUGCAUUCUGUGUCAAACACAUCAGUUAAAGACCGGAGACGCGAUCGUGCGCGGAAUCGUCUAGCAGGCGGCGUAUCAUCUGGUAGUGACGAUAGUAGCGUAAUUGUAGAACGACGUUUGAAGGGCAAUCCACGUGAACGCAAUAGUCACUCAAGUAGAUGCCGUGGGAACCGCGGUGGUACAUCUUUCACGCGUCACGGCAGCAGAGAUUCAUCUCCAACUAGCCGUGAAUCCCAUUUCCGGAUGUAUGAUAAUGACAUUGAUUCCAGCCAAAAGAGAAUGGACAAAAGGGAUGCACCGAAUUUUGAAAAGUAUAGACCCACUUCUAGGAAGGAUUUGGUGCGUAGCGAUAUUAGAUCAAAUAGUUCUGGCGGCGCUGAGAAGGUUGAUACGAAGCUGCCUGCGGAGAGACAGGAACAUGAAGAGAUUAAAGUCUCUACUAAACCCAAGUUAGGUCCGCAGGUCCCUCGAAAAGGUGACCCUCUCAAGUAUGCUUUUGGAGUGACUCAGGACAUAUUACCUCCACAGGCGAUCCAGGAUCGUGCUGCAAGGCGGAACCAUGAGAUGUUCGAACGCGAACGCAACAAACAGAAGCUCUAUGAGUCAAGCGAUCCAAACGACCGUUUGGAACAAAUGCAAUCACAUGGCGCAUCACAUCUUAAAGAGCGGUUGGAGCAGAUGGAGGCUCAUGAAAGUACAGUGAAAUAUAUGGAGAGGGAAGACCGCCACCAGCGGUAUGAUUACAUAUCAGCUGUGAAAAAACAUGCAUUUGAAUCCGCUAAGCUGUCGGAACAUGUACGUCAACGGGGUUCACGCACCCUCUUGGAGGAUGAUUGAACGUUUCGUUU